CCGUAUCAUCAUGUCCGGGUGUAGCCCAUACUUCCGCGCUCUGUUCAGCAACGAUCUCUCGGAGUCUUUUAAGUCAGAAAUCAUUAUCCCGAACGUUUCUGCAGCCGAUAUGGAGCUGAUCAUUCAGUAUGCUUACAGCCGACAGGUGCACAUCACAGAGGAUAACGUGGAACAUCUCCUCCCGGUGGCUGACCAGUUCCACAUCCUGGGCCUCGUCAAGGCAUGCUCCAAGUUCCUCCUGCACCAUCUGAGCAUCGAGAACUGCCUGGGAAUCUGGCAGUUUGCCAAAGCCUAUUUCUGCACCUACUUGGAGCACAUGACGCUCAAGUUCAUUCUCAGGAAUUUUGGCGAGAUCUCGGCGGUGAGUAACGAGAUUUUGAUGUUGGCUCCGGAUGAGCUGUUGAGUUUGCUCAAUUCGGACGACCUCAACGUCAGAGAUGAGAGGUUUGCCUAUGAAGCAGCUAUAAGAUGGAUAUCCAUAAAGCCUGAGGAAAGGAAAGAAUACAUCGUCGACAUCUUAAAAUCUCUUCGUUUAGGUCUGAUAGGGACAGAGUAUUUCAUGCGUCAUGUAAAGACCAACGAGUUCGUGGUGGGCAACCCGGACUGUAAACCUAUUAUUAUACAGACUCUGGCGCUGAUGCAUGAUUUUGAGAUGACGAACGCUAUGAACCUGGCUAUAGGAAACCCCCUAAUGCGACCUAGACUUCCCCAUGAGUUGUUGUUUGUUAUUGGAGGGUGGAGCGGGGGAAGUCCGACCAAAGCCAUCGAGGUGUACGACUCCCGAGCUGACCGCUGGAACCUCAUGGACCCGGAUGUGGAGGACACCGCUACAGCACGAGCGUACCACGGGUCGGUGUAUCUGAGCGGUAAGAUCUACGUGAUCGGCGGCUUUGACGGCACUGAGCAGUUCAGCAGUGUGCGCGUGUUUGACCCCGAGACACGUGCCUGGGCUGAGAGCGCGCCCAUGCACCACAAGAGGUGUUACGUGAGUGUCGUGGUCUGUGAGGAGCUUAUCUACGCCAUGGGAGGUUAUGACGGCCGUCAUCGUAUGAACACAGCAGAACGCUAUAAUCCCAAGUACAACCAGUGGUCCUUCAUCUCCCCCAUGCACCAACAGAGAAGUGAUGCCUCGGCUGCCACCUUAGAUGGAAAUGUAUAUAUAGUCGGUGGGUUUAAUGGAAAUGAGUGCCUGAGUGCCGCGGAGUACUACACGCCAGCAACCAAUCAGUGGACAGAAAUCACGCCAAUGCGGAACAGGCGAAGCGGAAUUGGGAUCACGGCAUUCAGGGGCCACAUCUACGCUAUAGGUGGAUUUAACGGCAUAGUUCGCAUGAAUUCUGCAGAACGCUAUGAUCCUGUAAAAAAGACCUGGACGCCCAUAGCUGAGAUGAUGACACCUAGGAGUAACUUUGCAGUUGAGGUAAUAGAUGACCAGAUAUUUGCCAUUGGUGGUUUUAAUGGAAUGACAACAGUGUUCUACGUUGAGUGUUAUGACUACCUCGCCAAUGAUUGGUGGGACGCCACAGAUAUGAACAUUCAACGCAGUGCUCUCAGCGCAUGCGUGGUAGAUGAACUUCCUAAUGCGCAGGUCCGACAGUACCUGAGUAAAGAGCGGGAACAUUUGUUGGAUCCAGCGAUUCCUCCAGCAGACGACACUCAGGUGGACUACAUCCGGGAACAGGGCACGGCGUCGUCUGCUUUUUAGAUGAAAAUGAAGAAAAAAAUGGACGCAAUUGCAUAUUUCUUGAAACAUAUUUAAAAAUAGCAAAGAGCACGCACAUUUUUAAUACUAUAACAUGGAAAUUUGAAGAGUAUUAUUCCUGGUUAACAAAAGGUCAAAAUAUGAUCACUGUUUAUCACAAUGUGCAUAUAUGUAUUUUAUCACUGUUUUGUUCUAUGAGGUCCUAUUACAAUGU